AUGGCCGCAGUGGCAUCGCAGCCGCCGCAUGGUCAGCAGCAGCAGUACUACCAGCAGCAACCGCCCGCCGCAGCCUCGCCCGGCACCGCUCGCCGCCCGACGUCGCGACGGCCCAGUAAUGGCGCGUCGCCCAACACGCCUACCUCCCAGAACUCUCCCCCGAUGAACACCGCGCCCACCACCAACGGCAACGGCAGCGGGCCCAUGGCGCCCCCCAGGACCUCGUCGCACCGCUCGCCCAACACUGCAUCUGCAUCCUCGUCGUCACAGCCCUCGCGGACACGCGAAGAGUCACGCCGGCGGGAAAAGGACAGCCCUCGCCAGACCACCACCUCGACCCGAGCCCAGCCCGGCCAUAGUCGCUCUGCCACUGCCAUUGGCCAGCCGCCCGUAGGAACCAGCUUGCCCCGUGAAGAGAGCGCCGUCAUAAAGCGCAUCGUCGUCUCCGACACCCAGGACGACAUCGCCCGCGCACAAGCACGCCAAGGAGACGGCCCGUCCGUCACGGCUGGCGCAGAUCUGACUCCCAUCACCGGACUCAGUCUGGUCGGCAGCGAAGGCGUCGAUGAUGGCGGCCGCGGCGGAAGCGGCAGCGGAAGCGGAGGCGCAGUAGGAGGAAAGAGCAGACAGGACCACUCCAAGUCGGAGAACGCGAAGCGAUCCAAGUUUGGCAACUACAUCCUCGGCCAGACGCUUGGCGAGGGAGAGUUCGGCAAAGUCAAGAUGGGCUGGAAACGAGACAGUUCGGUUGAGGUUGCCAUCAAGCUCAUACGGCGAGAGACCCUGGGGAGCAAUUCGAACCGCCUCCAGAAGAUCUACCGCGAGAUCCACAUCCUUCGCGGCUUGGACCACCCCAACAUCGUGCGUCUGCACGAGAUGGUCGAGACUGAGCGCCAUAUCGGUAUCAUUCUAGAAUAUGCUUCCGGCGGAGAAUUGUUCGACUACAUCCUCAACCAUCGCUACCUGAAGGACGGCCCAGCGCGCAAGCUCUUCUCCCAGCUCAUAUCUGGUGUUGGCUACCUCCACCGCAAGGGUAUUGUCCACCGAGACUUGAAGCUCGAGAACCUGCUGCUCGACCGCAACAAGAACAUCAUCAUCACCGAUUUCGGAUUCGCAAACACGUUCGACCCCAACGACGAGCUCAGCGAAGAGAUUGAGUAUAGACUCGGAGACAAAGACUACAUAAGAUCUCUGGGACUAGAAGGAACCGACGCAGCCCGCAGAGGUGAUCUCAUGCAGACCAGCUGCGGAAGUCCCUGUUACGCGGCGCCUGAGUUGGUUGUCAGCGAUUCGCUCUACACCGGUCGCAAGGUCGAUGUCUGGAGUUGUGGUGUCAUUCUGUAUGCCAUGCUGGCUGGUUACCUGCCUUUCGAUGACGACCCAGCGAACCCCGAGGGUGAUAAUAUCAACUUGCUCUACAAGUACAUUGUGUCCACACCGCUCACCUUUCCUGAAUACGUCACACCACACGCAAGGGACUUGCUGAAGCGCAUCCUUGUACCAGACCCACGCAAAAGGGCGGACUUGUUCGAAGUUGCGCGUCACAGCUGGUUGGCUGACUACGCGCACGUUGUUGGCUUCAUCACCUCAAGCAACACGAACGCGGCAGAGGCCCAACAGGCGUCCGUCUACUCGACAGAAGACACGUUCGAGCCGCAGCCCACACUCGCUAGAAGCGCUUCUGUCCGUGAACCCUCGAAGCCGCACGCCGCGCCCGCAACCGCACACGGCGGUCUCCAGACGAAGCGCGAAGCGAUCAACCAGGCACCUUCCGAGAAGCCAAAGACCACCCGCGACACCAAGCGACGAACCGUGCAAGUCGAAUAUGUCGCGCCAUCAUCGCAGACCGCCCGCGGCGAGGCAUCCCCUCCAGUCGAGACAACUCCAAAAGCACGCGGCAAAGAGGCCGAAGUACCACCCACCGAUGGAUACCAGUCAACUUCGAGCGCCAAACCUCGUUCUUCUGGCACAACCUACAACUCGACCAGAAGGCAGGAGCCUCAGCGGUCCGUCUCUGAUUACACAGCUUUCGGGAAUGCGCCCCCAUCCGCUACACGCCCAUCCACUGGUGGAGCUCUAGGCACAUCGAGACUACCGUCGCGAGGAAACUCCUACGGACAGCCAUCUGUCGCGACCGUCGCCCAGACAAACGCAGAGGGACGCUUCUCCCAGCCAAAGGGCAAACAAUACUCCAUAUCGGCACCUUAUGCUCAGCAGCAAGAGCCGUCUGAGGCAGCUGAGCCUCCCAACAUCGGUCAGUCGAGCUCGCAGCGAGUGCAGUCUGUACAGGGUCCGCCACAUGGCGGAGCUGGUGGCGGGCACAGGAGAUCGAACACUGUUUCUUCGACUCUCGGCCGCAUGACAUCCAUGUUCUCUGGUCGUCAGCCUUCUUAUACGCAGGAUCCCAAGGAGUCAUUUACAUCCACAGGUUCCUACGGCUACCCUGAAGAGAAGAAACAGAAGAGCUAUCCUCCCACUUCCAUGGCCGGACCCAUGUCCAACGAGGCGGUUUCUUCGACAUCUGGCCCAAGAGCAAGCAUGGAGUCAAGCCGACGGACUUCUUUCGGCUUCUCUAGGAAGAACACAGGCAACUCGGGCGACAAUCCGAAAUCCAGCCGCCGCUUCUCACUCCUUCCGUCUUCUCUCUCGAAGACUUUCUCUUCUCAGCGGGAUAGUCUACCAGCGCAAUCCUCCCACGAGCGACGCGGCUCCAGUUCUCGUCCUCGGGCUAGCUCGCGCCCCGGUGGGCCUUUCGGUCGCGUUACGGACUCGAGGUCUCCUAGUCAGAGCACCCAAGGAAGCAACAUGCCCGGUCUCUACGACGGUCAACACGACAGCAACUCCAGAAUACGGCAGCCCAACACGAGCGCCCCUGGACCUUCCUCGGCACCAGCGAACCAAACCCAGUUCAGCGGCUACAACCACUCGGCACCCGAGUUUGACGAAAAAUUUCCCAAUCCACAAGGAGCACACCCAUCUGCCCAAGGAAAUCGCCCGUACCGCCACCCCACGGACGACUCAGAAGCCGACAUGUCGCAGUCACAGCAAUUCAGUCAGCGCACUCCAUCCAACCCCUACCCUGCAGGCAUGGGUGGUGACGACUCCAACCAGCAGCAGAGGAAGACAGCCGUGCUACAGAAGAACCGACGUUUCGUGGAUGCGUACGACGAGCAAGGCAGCGGCAACAAGGGAAGUUCGGGUAGCUCUAAGAAGGUUAUGGACUUCUUUAGGCGCAUGGGCAAGCAGCGAACUAGCAGCCGUUAA